GGUCCGUAUUGGCUGCUUUCCUUUCACACGGAUCCCAAAGAACUCAGAGAUUUGGAAUAUUAGGUUACAGUGUGGCAAAAUGGCGACUGUCAUUCAGAAUCCGCUGAAAUCGCUCGGGGACCAGUUCUACAGGGAGGCCAUUGAGCACUGCCGCAGCUACAAUGCCCGCUUGUGUGCGGAGCGCAGCGUACGCAUGCCAUUCCUGGACUCUCAGACGGGCGUAGCUCAGAACAACUGUUACAUCUGGAUGGAGAAGCGGCACCGAGGGCCAGGAUUGGCGGCAGGUCAGAUGUACACCUACCCAGCGCGUUGCUGGAGAAAGAAGAGGCGACUUCACCCACCACUAGACCCGCAGCUUCGCCUUUGUGAACUCAGACUUGAGGCUGAGCUAAUGGCCAAAAGGGAAGCACCGCCGACGGAAGCCACGGCCCUGGAGGCACUGCUACGAGGUGACGGGAUCUUGGAGAAGAGAAACAAUAACUCGAAAGAGGAAGAGACACUACUGGAAAUCCAGAGGGUGCUUGAUGCAGACGAAAAUGGGGAUGGUUUCCAUGACGAUGAGGAUUUUGAAGUGGACACACCAAAGAGGAAGCAUCGAAACAAAGGCAGGGGUCGAGGCUCUGGGCGCAGGCGAACAGAAGCAGCGGCCAAUGACGAUCAGGAUAAACCCUACGUUUGUGACAACAGAUACAAACAAAAGCAUAACUCAAAAACUGCUGACUCAGUCUGUGGGAAGCGUUACAAAAACCGCCCUGGACUAAGCUACCAUUAUGCCCAUACUCACCUUGCUGAAGAAGAGGGUGAAGAAGAACGAGAAACUGAAAUCCCCCAGUCUCCUCCUGUCCACCACGAAAAUCACAAACCACAGAAAGGUCCUGAUGGAACGAUCAUCCCUAAUGACUACUGUGACUUCUGUCUGGGAGACUCAGGCUCUAACAGGAAGACAGGCCAGGCUGAGGAGUUGGUUUCCUGUUCAGACUGCGGCCGCUCUGCUGACCGCGUCGCUGGGACCAGGGCGAAGAGGAGGACGGGUGGAGUUCUGGACAUGUUCGGCGACACGUCAGAAAGCGAGGCGUCCACCUUUCACGGCUUUGAGGAGGACGACCUGGACGGGCUUCUGUCCGACGACAGCACAGGCUCACCUCAGUACAGAUAGACAAAGGAGAAACCUCAAGAAACUUUCGGCAUGUGUCUGCUGCCUGUUUUUUUCUUUUCCUUUUUUCCUGUUGUUUUGCAGCAGCAUGCAUAAUGGAUUCACAACUCCAGACACAAAGUUAACUUCAGGAAUUGCUUUCAAAGGACAAAGUUGCAGCCUUUUAUAAAUUAAGGAAUGUUGUUUUUAUUGCUUCUCACUUCUGUAUACUGAGGGGUGCUAGUUAUCGGACAGAGGAGCCAUUACUUCUGGACUGUUUGUUUUCCGAAAUGGAAAACACCGACGUUCCCCGGUGUGUGGACGUUGAUUAUACAUCGGCAUGUAAGAUACGAUGCCUACUAUGAGGAAAUUAACUUUAGAAAUAGACAUUACCGCAUUUCAAACCUCAAGGAGGAGAAAAUACUCAACGUGUGUCUGUAGGUCGGACAGUGGAGAGGGUUUUUUGAUCCUACCUCUGGUUAAAUACAAUGUGUGCAAAGAAAGGGAUCAGGUGAAGGCAGAAAGGGCUGAGGCCAGGCCCUGAUUGGAUCCAGAAGAAAGGGAGGACAGUUUGCAGAGAGGUAAGAGCCAGUUGGCAUUUAAAUGUCCAUCUCUCCUCCUUUCUCAGGAAAGCUACAACAACAACAACAAAAAGACAUUUGAAAGUCAGUUUACUGGAGGAUACAUGAUACUUGGCCUCUCCCUAGUUUUGUUGAGUAAGAAGAAGAAAAAAGGACCGACUGAUUUUUGGAGUAACUCCCCUUUACUAUUCAGGAAAGUCUCCUUAAACAACAGGUACAAGAAGGGGUAGAAUUGUAGCAUAUGUGCAAUGAUUCCCAUGAAGGCUUUGUUUUGCAAAUAAAAUCUGGACCAUUCACCUCUGUUAAGAGAUCCAGCUCUGAGGAUUGACUGUGUAUGUGUAACUGCAAAUAAUACACUGGAUUGCAAGCACAUAAGCUUCCUACAUUCAAUGGGAAACGCAGUAAAUGUGAACUCGAAAGCAGAAUACAUGCAAUAAAUGGCACAAAACACAUUAGUCACAGGGACAUCGCCCAGUUAAUAUGGGGAAAUUUCAUUGUAUCCUUUUUUUAUGAACAAAAUUAGCUAUAUUCGCUCUUUAAAAGCUCUUCUAUUUAUUGUUAUGGUGAACUCGUGUCACUUUUCAAUUUAAAAUGUUCCGUAUUAAUGCUUUCGAUCUUGUCUCUAUUUCAGGGCAUCAUUUUGGAAAACAAAAAUAUAAUUUAUUAACAUAUUGUAUAAUGUAUAUAAGCCCACAAAUUUCUCCCAGUGUUUCAAUGUCUAAACUUUGUUUAACAUUUGAAGUUAAUUUCAUUUAAUACCAAGCCAAAGGGCAACAUGACUAGAGAUGAUGCUUGUAACUGCUUCUGUGAGUCAUGCAGAACUGUGGCUCAAACCACACAGAACACACACUUCAUGCAGCAAGCUGUCGUCCCUGCUGUGGUCGCUGCUGAGUCCUGUUACUCCAAAUGUCAGCCUGCAAGUCUUUCACUGGAUUUUGUUACUGAAAACAUUAAACAUGUUUCAUUUGA